UCAAAUACAAACUACUCAUUUUCCAUUUUUUAUUUUUUUCUUCCUCCUCUUCCUCUUCCUCUUCCUCUUCGUCUUCCUCAUCUUUCUUUCCUAUUUUUCUUUUUCUUUUCUUCUUCUUCUUCUUCUUCUUCUUCUUCCUCAUCCUCAUUUUUCUUUCCUAUUUUUCUUUUGGGUUGCGGGAACCAACUACAGCCCCUCUUUCCAAGUGCGCUGGGCUGCUUGUAAAACAAAGCAGGAAAAAGUUGCAGAUAAAAAUGGUGAAAGUCAGCAGAGCGCUUCUGAGAGAUGCAAAGGUCGGAAUCAGCAAGACUCUCUCAGAGAUACUGGUCUGUCCGCUCUCCAAACAGCCGUUGAGGGUAUGCGAAGAAUCGGGUACUUUAAUCAGCGAUUCCAUCGGCGUUUCUUUCCCUAUGGUGGAUGGGAUACCUUGUCUGGUGCCGAGGGAUGGCAAGAUUCUUGAAACUGAUGACACAUCUAAACCUGGCACCGCUGCUGAUUCAUCAAAGAUGAAUGAGGAAAAUUGAGGAGGUUCGCCGGCCCUAGCUAAUUUGUGCAACAUGAAGUUUGGUGCUUCGGAAAAUGGAUUACCCUUUGUUUUUAUUGUUUUUAAAAUUUUCUUGUGCACAUCUUUUUAUCAAUUUUGAAAUCACUUUCCGCAUAUCAUUUUGUCAUUUGUCAUUUGUCAUCCGAAUGAUGAUUACACCUCUCUCUCUCUCUCUCUCUCUCUCUCUCUCUCCAUUUGUGACAUUUUUGUUUUGCUUUGUGAUCAAAAGUCGAGCACACUUCUGAAUGAUGUAUUUCCAAUUUACUCAAAUCCCCAGUAUUCUUGGGAAUUAAGUGAAACGCUCAUCAACAAUUUAUGCAUCUUUAUCAAGAAAAAAAAAAGUUUGAAAUUCGGGAAAGAAA